AUGAGGGAAGAAUUAGAAAUCAUUGUUUAAAAAAGAAAUCAAGGAGAACUUUUAUAAUAAAUUUCUAAAUUAAAAUAAUAAAAUUAAGAACUUUAAGAAUAACUUUAUUAAGUAUAAUAAUAAUAAUAAUAACAAUAACAUUAAUUAUAAUAACCAUAAACUAUUCAUUAUUAAUAAUAAUAAUAAUAAUAAUAUUCUCCCUUAUUUUCAGAUAAUAAAAAAUCACUUGCUCUUAAUUCUAACGAUAAAAAAGUUAGAUUUGCUGAUGAUUUCUUAACUGCUCAUAUUAAUAAUAUGGAUAGAGAAGAUAGUUAAGUUUUUGAAAAUCUAGCCAUAUUCUAAGAAUUAAAAUAAUUAGAAAAUAAGGAUAAAAAAAAAAUUAUUGUAUUAUUUUCUAUUUAUUGUUAGAAUUUCGAAGAAAAAUUUAAAAGUUAUUUUGGAUAAUCAGAAUAUUAAACUAAUGAUUUAGCUUAAUUUAAUACUGGAAAAUAGUUUGGUAAUUCAUUAUUAUAGUAUCCAUAGAUUCCAUCAUUAGAAAAGUUAAUGACAAAUAGAAUAAUAUUUCUAAUAUAGUUUAAGAUCUAAAAAAAGAAAUGUCCAAAGCUGUGAAUCAAUUAGAGUAGUUACAAAGUAUUUAUUUUCUUAUUCUAAUAGAGGAAGACAGAGAUCUGAAGAGUACUGACUCAUGUAAAGAAAAGUAAGUUUAUUUGUGUUAUCUUUAGUUUCAUUUAAUACUGA